CGAGCCGUCGGAUCAGGACCCUGGUAGUCGGUAUAAAUAUAUGUGCGCUGCAGAUGAAAUUAGGGUUUUGCUUCAAGUAAUAGCCGAAUACUAACUAAACCUCUCCGAUCUUGCCCAGCAUGGCGGCUACUCAGACUCAGAUGAGCAAGAAGCGAAAGUUCGUUGCCGACGGUGUGUUCUUUGCCGAACUGAAUGAGGUUCUGACCAGAGAGCUCGCCGAGGAUGGUUACUCCGGUGUCGAAGUCAGGGUCACUCCCGUCCGCACCGAGAUCAUCAUCAGAGCCACUCGCACCCAGAACGUUCUCGGUGAGAAGGGAAGGAGGAUCAGGGAGCUGACCUCUGUGGUACAGAAGAGGUUCAAGUUUCCUGAGGGAAGCGUUGAGCUUUAUGCCGAGAAGGUCAACAAUAGGGGACUCUGCGCCAUUGCGCAGGCCGAGUCUCUCCGUUACAAACUCCUCGGAGGCCUUGCCGUUCGCAGGGCAUGCUAUGGUGUUUUGAGAUUUGUCAUGGAGAGUGGCGCUAAGGGAUGCGAGGUUAUAGUAAGUGGAAAGCUCAGGGCACAACGUGCCAAGGCCAUGAAGUUUAAAGAUGGUUACAUGAUUUCCUCUGGUCAACCUGUCAAUGAGUAUAUUGACUCUGCUGUUAGGCACGUUCUUCUUAGACAGGGUGUGCUCGGUAUUAAGGUCAAGAUCAUGCUUGACUGGGAUCCCAAGGGGAAGCAAGGACCAAUGACCCCUCUCCCUGAUUUGGUGACCAUCCAUACUCCUAAAGAAGAAACUUAUACUCCGGCUCCUCCAAUGGCACAAAUCGAGAUAGAUCCGCUUGCCAUGCCCGUUCCUGUUCCUGUAGUUUAAUAUGAGUGUUGUUUUCACCCUAUGUAGCAUCUUUGCAGCAGUUUAUUGUUUCAAUGAUGAGAGGAACCUUGAUGUUUCA